AUGUUUCAAAUGUCACAGACUCAGCUGGAACAGAAUGCUGAAGCAUUCGCCACCACUUCGAUGGUUCGUAUCGCAAGGAGGUGUCUUCAUAUCAUGCACGACCGGGCGCUGCGCUUGCAUUGGCAUCAGCAACACGCAUACGCUACAGCUGCGGCGCAUGACAGGCGGACGCUUGUGAAGCAAGCGUUCGAUCAGUGGCGUACAACCUUCGAGGCACGCAAACAGGCGCACUUGGAAGAGGCGCGGCUCAAGCAGCUUGACCAGAAAGCCAUGAAGCACUACAACUCCAACAUACUCUGGAAAGCCUUCGGGCACUGGGCCGCAUCAACGAAACACCAACAGGUUCAGAUCCGUUGGGCACAGCAGCAUAUCCUUCGCAUACGCUAUUUUCGGCGGUGGCGCACCGUUGCUGUAGAGAAUGCAACGAAGUCACGCAGUAUCCUGGCACGGAAAUACUUGGGCUUGUGGCGCGACCGGUCAAUUAGGCGUCGACUUCGCGAAGAGCAAGCUCUAGCAGUGCGCGAAGAAAGUGUUUUGAAACGAUGUUGGCGGAGUUGGUUUUGGCACUUCUGCUCAAGGAGAGUAGAAAUCUGGCGAGAGGAGCGCCUUAAGGGCCGAGCGUUGACUGCUUGGACUGCACGAUUCCGUCAGCUGCGCACGAGAGAACAAGCUACGACACGACAAUGCAAUGCGAAUGCAGCCAGACGAACCAUGAACAUCCUUCGUGAGCGAAUGGCGCACCGUCAUCAAGCCUCACAGCAAGCCGAAAUCACCCGCAACCGCAGAAUCACAGCUAAGUGCUUACACGUUCUCUCCAUUAGGCUAAGAUUGGAACCUAUCGGCCGCGCUUUGGCGAUCACAGUGAAUCUGCACCUCUUGCGGAAAGCUUUCCAUGUCUGGCACGUCCACGUCAGCAUCUCCCGCGAAGCCGCCGAUGUCGACCGGAAGCGCAUUCUUCAAUCUGCCUGGACGAGCUGGAACGAUGCACUUCGGUGCCAAGCGCUAGCGCAGAAAACCAACGAGCGAGUCCUGCUUGAGAACCUAUAUCGAUGGGUGUUGGCUGAGCGCUUGAGACUGUUCCAGAGGACACUUGACGGCAGGUUGUUGAGGCGGGCCAUGAGUGCGUGGAGUCGCAAGUUGUUCGAUAUUCGGACCAGAGUUGCAGACGCCGAGAGCGCAUUUGUUGAAGCGCAGGCAAGGCGAAGGAUGCUGUUCGGCAUGACAAAGCUGCACCUAGCUGUACGCCGCUGCGAAGAUGCUGAGCGUGCUGCUGUGGAGUUCAGCUGUGCGAAGGUGGGCCCAACCGCAUUCACCGCCCUCACGCAGAAGUUCCGGCAUGUCCAGCAGCUUGGGAAGUGGUCGCAGGAUGCACGUUUCUACACCAUCUGCACGCGCACUCUGUCCGUGUGGCGAGAGCGGACGACACAGCAUCAACAGAACCGGAAACGAGACGCUUACGCAAGGAUACGUGCCCGUCUGAAGGUCCGCUUGGUUAGCGAAUGCUUAGCGCGAUGGCGGACGAAGACUGCAAAUAUGCAGGCGAGGAUGCAAGAAGCUGACCAGCGCUUGCGAGAUCGAGUCUUUGAAGCGAGUAUUCGAGGCUUCGAUUGCUGGCGUGAGAAGACUGUACAGGUGCAGCAAGCCGCCGAACAGGCGGCAGCCUUGGACAUCCAGAAGCUCAUGAUUUCAGCUUUGUCAGCUAUGGUCACUCGGAACGCGGAACUAGCAGCACUCGAAAUACGUGCUUCUUCUUUCCGGCGUGACACUGAGCUGGCCAUCCUGGCUGCGGCAUUGAAGAGAGUGCAGUGGGCUCAGUUCACCGCGGCGAGACGUGCAGAAAGCGCCGAGGCGCUGUGGGCCCGGAAUCGCGAUCUUCAUAUCCGCAACAUGAUCAGAACUUGGGUGGCGCAAACAGCAGCCAGACGAGCCCUCAAGCAACCCGCAGUUACCCUUCCUCCCCUUCCGCGUCAGCGUGCCAUGGAUGUACGGGACAACGAUGGCGAACCACUUCGUUGCCGCCCGCAAAGGCGAUCUCUUCAUCAAGCGCUGGCAUGCCCUCUUCGUGCACCUCUGGCAAGGCCACAAUAA